CAGUUUUUUUGUAUAGGGAAGUGGAUACUAAAGUCACUUCCUGCCAUAGAGAUCGCUAUGCUUCCUGCUAGCUCAGUUAAGGUGUGUUUAUGCCUCGGCUUUUCAGUGCAGUAGAACAACCAGCGGGGAGGGCAGCAGUACUUGUACAACACAGAGGGAGAAACUGAUCGGUAGUACAGGACCGCUAAAAGACACUACCUGCUGGCCCCGGAUACAGGAUACAAUGCCACAUAAGACCUUCUGGACUCUAAUCUGAGAAAGGAUAUCACAUCAAACAUUUCUCUUUUUUGCACCGAGGAAGAAAAAAGAAAAGAAAAUGAAGAAACAGUUCAAUCGGAUGAAGCAGCUAGCUAACCAACAUGUUGGCAGGGCAGAGAAAACUGAGGUCCUGAGUGAUGACCUGUUGCUGAUAGAGAAACGCUUGGAUGUAGUGAGAAUGGUUUCCCACAAUACUCAGAAACGGCUGGUAACAUGUUUGCAAGGUCAGAUUGGGACAGACGCAGAGAAGAGACAUAAAAAACUCCCAUUAACAGCACUUUCACAAUGUAUGCAGGAAGGGGGUUGUUUGCUAGGUGAAGAGUCUCUUAUUGGUAAAAUGAUGGACAUCUGCAGUGACGUGGAGAGCAAGCUGGCCAUGGAGCUGUCGCAGCACGAGGUGCAGAUAGAGCAGGACAUCCUGGAUCCGCUGAACCAACUCGCAGAGGUGGAGAUUCCAAACAUCCAGAAACAGAGGAAGCAAUUGGCGAAGAUGGUACUGGACUGGGAUUCAGCUCGAGCCAGGUGGAGCCAGGCUUCCAAAUCCAUCGUUUUAGGAACCAAUUUCCAAGCACUGACAGCCAAAGCAGAGACACUCAAAGAGGAGAUGGAUGAGACGGGCAACAAAGUAGAGCUCUGCAAGGACCAGCUUGCAGCAGAUAUGUAUAAUUUCUUUUCUAAAGAAGGGGACUAUGCACGCUAUUAUGUAAUGUUAUUAGAAGAACAAGCAGAGUACCAUAGAAAGGCAUUAGCAGUGUUAAAAAAGGCCCUACCGACCAUCCAAGCCCAGCAAGAUUCGUGGACGGAGAAGCCAGCCUUCGGGACUGCACUAGAAGAACACCUCAAACGCAGUAGCCGUGAGAUAGCUCUGCCCAUCGAGGCCUGCGUGAUGAUGCUGUUAGAGACUGGCAUGAAGGAGGAGGGCUUGUUUAGGAUUGCUGCCGGACAAUCCAAGCUAAAGAAACUGAAGGCUGCUCUCGACUGCUCCACCUCCCAGCUCGAGGAGUUUUACUCAGACCCUCACGCUGUCGCCGGUGCACUGAAGUCUUACGUGAGAGAGUUGCCAGAGCCCUUAAUGACUUUCCACCUGUAUGAUGAAUGGAUCCAGGCGUCAAACGUCUCAGACCCAGACAAGAAACUGCAGGCUCUCUGGGUAAUCUGUGACAAACUGCCAAAGCCUAACAAAGCAAACUUUCGGUAUCUAAUCAAAUUCCUUGCAAAGCUAGCACAGGAAAGUGCCGUCAACAAGAUGACCCCUAGCAACAUUGCAAUCGUGUUGGGACCUAACCUGCUGUGGGCUAAAAAUGAAGGAACGCUUGCUGAGAUGGCAGCCGCUACUUCAGUCUACGUAGUAACAAUUAUUGAGCCAAUCAUCCAGCAUGCUGAUUGGUUCUUCCCUGAAGAGAUCGAUUUCAACGUAUCCGGGAUGUUUGCCCCGACUCCCAACAAUCACACAAACCACCACGGGAGCGAGUUUGACUCUGGGACACUGGAAAGGAAGAGGCCAGUCAGCAUGGCUGUGCUGGAGGGGGAUUUGAUGAAGAAAGACAACUUGGGUGGUAAACUAUUGGAUCAGACUCCGCGUAGAGGAGGCACUCUUAAUAGAAAGCACGUGUCCCCUGCCUUCCAGCCCCCCCUGCCCCCUGUUGAGCCUGGGGGGGUGCUGCUGCAGCCUGUUGCCGAGCAACAGCUGCAGGUUCAGCCAAUGGGCGCAGGCCCUGAGGUCAGCCAAUCAGGCUGUGCUCAGGGUCAACCUGCUAACAGUGCAGCAGAGCCAUCAUUAAUACCAGUAACUGAGGAAUCCAGCUCUUCAAAACCAAAAGACCCUGCGUCCACACCUCCCCCGCUGAGGAAUGCUGGCAACGUCGCAGCUGCAGGUCAGAACCAGCCUCACUCUGCGGGCACCACUGCCAACCAGCUGGGCGUAGGGCACACGCAGAACACCACAGGGCCCAGCCCACACAUGAUCAGGAGAGCUACAAAGAAGCCUGCUCCAGCCCCACCAAAACCUGGAAACCAUCCCCCUGCACAACCUGGCAGCCAAGGACCUCCUUCAGCAGCCAAUCAGCUGUUAACACAGUCUCCCAAACCAUCUGCUAGCCAGGGGACAGGCCAUUCACCUCCUAGCCAGCCCAGCAAUCAGGGUUCAGUUCAGCCCCACUCUCCUGCCCAGCCCUCUGUCCAACCACGCAGACAUUCAAGCAAUCAGCCACCAAUCCAGGCCCCAAACCAUCCUCCCCCACAGCCUCCAACACAGCCCACGCCUCCAACACAGCCCAAAGCCUUCAGCCAGGCCACCGGGGGUGCCAGUGAGUCAGGAACAGAACACUCUCCCCCCAGGACCCCCACACCGCCUGACACCCCUCCCUUAGUCACACACGGAGGAACACCUCCUCCAGCAGCAGCCGUCCCACCUUCACCCACCAGUGGCCACGACAGCCCCCAGCCCACCUCACCGCUCCAGUCGAACACCCUGCCCAGGCCGCGGCCCGUACCAAAACCCAGACACAGGCCGAGCGUGCCCCCACCACCACAGCCUCCUGUUAAUGAAAACUCCAACGGCAACGCCAACACGGCUUCCAAAAUAAUCACAGAUUCCAAUAACACUGUGCAAGGGCAGCCUCGCAGCUUCAUCCCUGAGCUUCCUGUGGAACAAGUGACUCCUUUGCCCAUCCGAGAGCUUAACAAUCACCAGCUGCAGGACACUGACCAUGACACAGAGAGCACUGUAUUGUGAAGCAGACUCAGCACACCAUCACUUAAACCUCUCUUCAUUCUCGCAUGCUGAAAGCAAACCCCCUCUUCCAAUUUUUAUCAGAAGCAACAGCUUCGCCAAUAUUUCUGCAGAAUGCUUUCCAGUGAGUCGUGGCCGUGCCCUUUCAAACAUCGCCUGCACCCAAAUGCUACACCUGGGUCAUGGUAUAUCUUAGAUUUUCCUUUUGAAUUGCAACAUCAUGGGAAUGUUGUUUGACUACAUAGUCUGUGAAAACCACUUGGCUGCAAAAGCCUUACACAUAGGACGCUUCAAUAUUUGUGGCUUUUGGGAUACAUUAGCACAACCCAUGCUGGUUGCUAUCAAACAGGCUACUGAACAAACAUGAAUGCCACUGUCCUGGAAUUCUCUCUUUUUUUUGUGGAACAUUGAGAUUAAACUUUUUUUUUUUUUUCCUUUUAAAAAAAAAGGUGGUUUAAGAUGGAAGAUGAUUUUAAAGAGACAUCCGCUCUCGCUUGCUGCAGGAAAUAAAAUAAUAAGAAAAAAAAAGUAUAAACCAAAAACUGUGCAUCUUACAAGUUCUGCUGGCGACUGCUGGGUACCAGUUGUCAGUCGAUCUGUGGUUGAAUUCUAGUGCCUUCUUUCAUUGUUUGACGGUGUUUAGAUUGAAUCUUCUUAUUCUUGUUUUGCAACCAUUGCUAAGUCUUUCUUUUUCACACACUCGGUCUGUGAACAGUUGAAUAAUCCUUUCUUAUUAAAACCCACAUAAUAAUCUUUGAUUCAUUUUACAUAGAAUGGGUUAUAUGUAAAUAUCACUGGCCAAAUGUUCUUGUUGUUUACUUUAAGAAAUUGUGCCUAAUUGUUAGAGAUGUGCAUACAAUUCAGAUUUGACUAUCCCUUAGAGAAAUGUUCAAUUACAACAUUCAGUCACUAGGGAGUGCUGUGCACUAUGUAAAAACCCAUUGGGAUUAAAGGAGAUUUUUUACAUCAAGGUAUCAUCAUCAUCAUCAUCAUCGUCAUCGUCAUCUACAAAUUCAUUUUUGCAUUUCAUUUUGAUACAGAAAAAAAAAUCCACUGAGCUGUUUUAAAAGGCUGCAUCAUUUUGUUUUCUAUAGAAUGCUUUAAAGCUGGGAUUACAAACCGAUUGUUGUUGGCAAAUACAGUAACUAAUUUAAAACCUAGCAAUGACGUGGUAGGGGACACACUUAAGGAUGGAAAAGCUUCAAGGUAAGCAGAAUAUAAAUGGUACUAAGGGCCGAAUCUGGUUUAAUUUUGCUUCAGUGAGCACCUUCUGAGGAUUAGUUGUAAAUUUGUAUUUAAGUUCUCAUCAUGGCAAUCAUCGAUCUUGCUAACAUUACCUGUAACCAGCUGGCCCUUGCUUUGUCACUGUUUCUGUUAUAUAAAGUGCACUCCCCAUCCUGUGCUGUGUCCCAUCAAUUUGCAUACCAGGCGAUUGCAAUGGCUUUGAAAUGAAACACUGUUAUGCAUCUAUGUUAUUUAGACUCAGCAGUCCAUUUAUAACAAUAAAUACUCUGAAGAAAUGCUUAAUAACAAUAUUAUAUUUCAAAAUAAAAUUAAUCAUUGUUGCUCUAAAA